AUGACCGCCAACCCACCAAAAAGCGAUGCCAUAAUCAUUGGCAUCGACUUUGGGACUACAUAUUCCGUCACAAGCUGGGAUUCUCAACUUAACCAUUGUUCGGACGUCGAAAAGGCGCCCACACAGCUCUUCUACGAUGAGAAAGCUCAGGGUGUCAAAUGGGGCUAUGGUAUCCCUUCCGAGAAUGAGCCACUGAAGUGGUUCAAGCUAUUGCUUCUUGAACCCAAGGACAUUCCUGUUGAAGUUGCGGCUUCGACCCAACUUCAGGAAGCUCGUCGCCUCCAGAACAAGGUGAUGAAAGAUCCUAUUGAGAUUAUUGCGACCUUCCUUCGCAACCUUUGGGAUCAUACCACUGAGUCUAUCAAGCGUACCCUUGGCGCCGAUUUGGUCCGACGAUGCAAACUGCAGGUCGUAAUCACGUUGCCAGCCAUCUGGCUUCCAUAUGCUCAGCAGCGAAUGAAGCAAGCCGCUCACCAUGACUACUACCGCCUUCUCUCAGGUAGCGCAGUCCAGACCUCUAACACAGUCUACUGCACAACGACAUACCCUCCGCCGGCAAGAGCACCUAACGGCUUAGCCAGUGUUCGAGAACUUUGCACUGUCACCUGGAACAAGACCAUUGAUGUCAGGAAGCUUCCAAAAUGGACUAAUUGCCAGCGUCAAACUUUGUCGAAGCUCAACUAUCGCAUUCAGAUGGAUUGUGAAGAUGGAACUGUGAACUUCAAGAUCAUUCACAAGGGUGCCAGGGUCGGCGAACAAAACUUCGAAGUCUAA